UGUCCUUAUAUUUUGCAAAUAUCUUCUGAAUUAACAACUAAAUGGAAAGCCAGACUCUGCGAACUCGUUAAAAAUUGUGAUCCAAGCUUUCGAUUUUGAACUUCUGCUGCGGGCGCGGUGGCGAUCAACCGCGCAUACUCGGCGAUCUAAACGUAAUUUUGUAGCUUUCUCCCGCGUCUAGUCUCGUAGAGCGGUCUCCGGUACAAGGUUGCCCGCUCGAUUGCCAACAAUGACCGAAUCUGAAUUAAUAAUUGAAUUGGUACGCGAGCACCCAAUUCUGUACGACACGCAUCACCUGGAGUACAAAAAUCUGAAAAAAAAGGACAAACUUUGGAACGAACUGGCCGACUCCACGAUUGGAUGUGAUAAUGGUGAGGAAUUGAAGAAGAAGUGGAAGAAUUUGAGAGAUUCAUACAGUAAGCAUUUACGAUGGGAGAAUUCUGAGCACAAGUCGAAAAGUCUGGACAAGUAUAAAACGUGGCCUUGGGUUAAGCAGAUGGAGUUUCUCCGGCCGUUUUUUCCCACUGUGGAACCUUCUAAAGAAGUUCGGGUUACUCACAGACAAGAUAGUUUGGAAGAGUCCGAUGUUGAAGAACAGAAAACACGACGUGAGAAAACUUCGACACCUAUACCACCGCCCAAGAAGAAAAAAGUCGAAACGCCCGAUAUCAACUAUUCAGAAAAAACACAAUGUUUUGAUGUUUUGGGUUUAGACGAUAUUGAUUUGAUUUGUAUGGGCUAUGCUAAGACGAUAAAAAAAUUUUCACCGAAAAGACAGACAAUGGUGAAAUUCAAGUUAUCGCAAAUUUUGAUGCAGGAGGAGUUGGCACAGCAGGAGGAAAAUGAACAGAAAAAUGUAAGAAGAGAAGAUUCUCCACUUUUGUCGUCAACGAAAACCGAAAAAGAAUAUUAGUUUAUUAUAGUUAUAGAGUUUGAAUGUAUUUUUCUAAAAACAAUAAAU